AUGGAAUUUCUUCUUCCAUUUAUGGCUAAUAGAAACACAACAGGAAACAUUGACAUUUCGCAGGAUGAGAGAAGCAAUACUAUUGAAGAUAACUUGGUUUCGCCUGUAUUGCAAGACAUUACUGAAGGAGCGAACGAAAACACACAAGAUGACGAAGUGGUCCAGGCGGAAGAACCACAAUACAUUCAACGUUCUAUAGGCAAUACAGUCGCUACUCCUGAUACACCAAAUAUAGGUGCCAAAAAACGAAGAAUUGAUAUUAUGUUACAGAACACCUUGGAAAAUCAUACAAUACGAAGCAAAGAAAGGGGGACGAAGAACGAACACGUAUAUCAUCAUUACUUGAAAAAAAAUCGGGAAAUGAGAAAGAAGAUGGUUUAUACCAGUUUUUUGUGGAAAUGUACAAUGAUACCAAGACAAUGUCAAAAAUAUCUCAAUUGCGAAUUAGAAGGAAAAUUUUGGAGGCUGUCCAGCUUGAAGAAGAAACAAAUUUGGCGUUGA